AUGUCCAUUGAUCCUGACAGCUCUCCAGGUCCUGAUGGACUGAAUGGAAAGUUUUUCCAAGCUACUUGGGAGAUAAUUUCUAAUGACCUGGUGAAUCCUAUUCAAAGCUUCUUUAGUGGAGGUGUUUUUUUGCCUAAAUUCUUUUCACACACUUGCCUUGUCAUGAUUCCAAAGGUUGAGCACUCUCAACAGUUCUCAGAUCUCAGACCUAUCAGUCUGUGCAAUGUGACUAGCAAAAUCAUAUCCAAGAUUAUUAACUCCAAAAUGGGUCCUCUUCUUCCUAAACUCAUUUCCCCCAACCAAAGUGGCUUCAUCAAAGGCAAAAUGAUCUCAGAAAACAUCCUUCUGGCUCAAGAGAUCCUCAAUGAUAUGGGAAAGCCCAAUAAGGGAGGCAAUAUGGUUAUCAAAUUAGAUAUGGCCAAGGCGUAUGAUAAAGUCUCGUGGCCUUAUCUCUAUGCUGUCAUGAAAAGAUUGGGCUUCAAUGAUCAUUGGGUUAAUCUGAUUCUUAAAUUUAUUUCUAAUAACUGGUAUUCCUUAGUGCUCAAUGGAGGGAGGUUUGGUUUCUUUAAAUCUGAAAAUGGUCUCAGACAGGGAGAUCUCAUUUCCCCUUCUCUUUUUGUUAUAAGUGCUGAACCUCUUUCUAUAUUACUUAACAAACUUCAUGAUGACCCCAACUUUAGAAAUUUUUAUAUGAAUAAAAGAGGGCCUAAUAUUAACCAUCUUUGUUUUGCAGAUGAUGUUAUCUUGUUCACCAGUGGAAACAGAAAAUCCUUGAAAAGGAUUAUGAGAACCCUGGAAUCUUAUGAAGCUGCUUCUGGACAACAAAUUAACAAGCAUAAAAGUACUAUUAUUCUCCAUUCCAAGGCUAGCUCAAGAAGAGUUGACAGGGCAUCCAGGAUUACUGGAAUGAAGAAGGAAUCCUUACCUUUCAAAUAUCUUAGCUGUCCUCUGUAUACCGGUAGAAAAAGAAUCUCUUACUACACUGAAAUGAUCCAUAAGAUCCUCACCAGAAUUAGAGGAUGGAAUUACAAGCUUCUUUCCCCAGGAGGCAAAAGCACUCUUAUCAAGCAUGUGCUCCAAGCAAUGCCGUCUCAUCUUCUGGCUGUCCUGCAACCUCCUAAAGGUGUUUUUAAGAUAAUUGAACUGGAGCUAAAUAGGUUCUUUUGGAGUGAUACCGAUGGUGCCAAAAGAUAUCACUGGUCUUCUUGGGACAAUAUGGCUUUCCCUUUUACCGAAGGGGGCACUAAUUUCAGGAGCUUGGGAGAUGUUAGUAAGGCCUUCACUGCUAAACAAUGGUGGAGAUUUAGAACUGUGGAAUCUCUAUGGUCCAUAUUCCUGAAUGCCAAAUAUAGCCACAAAUCUCACCCUGUGAAAGUUAAAUGGAGGGCUGGUCCUUUAUAUAAACUUAUUCUCCCUGAUUUCAGCCCCAAAAAUAUAUGUCUAAAGGACAUUCUUGUUGAUGGUGUUUGGCAUUGGGACCUCUGUCCAGGGGUUCAUGAUCAAGUCAAGAUCUUUAUUCAGAAUAUGGACAUUAUUAUCCAAGAUUUUAAUGACAAACCAAUCUGGAAAUUGUCCAAUAAUGGUUCCUUCUCAGUGGGGAGUGCUUGGAACCUAUUGAGACAUUCUAGAGCUGAGAAUUCUUUUAUCAGUAAGGUUUGGCAUAAAGCCUUACCUUUCAAGAUGUCCUUUGUUUCUUGGAGGAUCCUUCUUAGGAAGAUUUCAACAGAUGACAACAUCCAAAAAUUUGACAUCAGGAGCAAUCUUAAAUGCCAUUGUUGCAGAAUCCCUGUACCUGAAUCCACUCAACACUUAUUUGUUAAUGGCACGUUAGCCCUUGCUGCUUGGAAACACUUCGGAUCAUUAAUGGGUAUUUCAGGUAUUUUCAGAACCUUACAGGAAGCCUUUAAUUCUUGGUGGUCUGUAGUUCCCAAUAAUCCUAUCUCGGUUCUCCUAAUUAGGAUUUGUCCUAUUGUCGUGGUUUGGGAACUGUGGAGAACCAGGUGUAGUAGUAGAUUUGGAAAGAAAAAAUAUUUCCUUCCCAAACUACUUCAUCAGAUAGGUCAAACCAUUCUUAUGAUUAUUAGAUUACAAUUCUUAAAUUUCAAAUAUGAUUUAUCUUGGGAAGAACUAAUCCAACUUCUAGACAAGAAGAUAGUGUUUAAGUUUUGCAGGAUAGUCUACUGGAACAAACCAGCCUCUAACUUCUUCAAGCUAAACAGUGAUGGGACCCUGAGAAAUGAAUCAUGUGGGGGAGGAGGAGUCAUCAGAGACGCACAAGGGAAAAUGAUAAUGGCUUACUCCAUUCACUUUAAUAAUGGAACUAGCAACAACGCUGAAGCAAAGGCUCUUUUAUUUGGAAUUCAAUGGUGCAUUCAGCACAACAUCACCAACAUUGAGCUGGAAACAGAUUCCAUCCUUUUACUUUCUUGGGUUAAGCAAAUUUUCAAGAUUCCUUGGCAGAUUGAGGGAACCAUCAGGGACAUUAGAAGGCAUCUGGAGGGUGCAACAUGGUCUAUCCAACACUGCUAUCGUGAAGCUAAUAAGGUAUCCGAUUUGCUAGCUGCAAUGAGCCACAACCACCGAGGCAUCAAAAUAUUCUCCUAUUUCGAAGAUCUUUCUACUCAAAUUAGAGGACAUAUCAACUUGGAUAUGUGUGGAACUCCUAAUUUCAGGAUUAGGAACAAAAAAUUCAAAGAUAUCACUUUUAAUGAUGUGGAAAAGAGAGGCAUUGGGUUUAUAGAGGGUCCUAAUUCAAGCGAAGAAGAAGGGAUUAAGGAGCAAGAUUGGCUGUUGCCAAUAGCUAAUGUGGGGCGAAUUAUGAAGCAAAUUCUCCCUCAAAACGCAAAAUUUUCAAAAGAAGCCAAAGAAACAAUGCAAGAAUGUGUAUCUGAGUUCAUUAGACCGGAGAGGCGUCGGUUUAGAGACAUUGAAGAGAUAUUUGCAUAG